AACAACAUCGUACACAGACUACACGCACUCAAACUGAUAGACACCCGAACAAAAUACACACUCACUAGCUACAACGCUGUAUGCCCCCGAAUAUAUGGACAACCCAAAGCACACAAGCCUGAUUUACCGCUCAGGCCAGUGGUCCCCAACAUAACGUCCCCCACGUACCAUCUUUGCAAAUACAUUGCCGAUAUACUCCAGAGAUCCUUCAAAAGCCAGUACAACGCGGUCGACUCAAAAACGUUUUGCGAAUAUGCCAAUCAACUAACGAUACCACCGGAUCACGUGCUAGUGUCAUUCGAUGCGGUGUCAUUGUUUACAAACGUAACGAAAGAGGUGGUCAUCCAUGACAUAAUCUCCAUGUGGGAUGAAAUACGAGGGAACACCAACAUAAAUUUGGAUUUGUUCCUCGAAAUUGUUGAUUUCUGCAUAGGAGCCAGUUGCUUCUGUUUCCGGCAAAAAUUCUAUGUCCAAAUAUCAGGCACAGCUAUGGGGAGCCCACUCUCCCCCAUUCUUGCCGACAUAGUGAUGGAGAAUUUGUUGAGAAGAGCUACAACAGCGGCCAAUAUUCUCCCGGAGCUUAUCCGAAAAUACGUUGACGAUUUAUUCCUGGUUUUACAUAAAGACCAGGUGAAUGCGGUGUUGGCAACCUUCAACUCACAAAACCCGAGGAUAUUGUUCACAUGCGAAGUUGAAGAAAAUGGACGACUACCAUUUCUCGAUUUGCUAGUGAUACGGCAAGAGGACGGUAGCGUUAAAACCGACUGGUAUGCCAAACCAAUAUCAUCCGGCAGGAUUCUUAACUAUUUCUCCUUCCAUCCGAGCGAUCAAAAACUGGCGGUGGUCAACAAUUUCAUCGACAGGGUCCGUAGGUUGAGCACCACUCGGAGUAGAGAAGAACAAGACAUACUCAUUCAUCAGCACCUCAGCAAAAACGAUUACCCUCGCACUCUUAUCAACCGAUUCCUUCAUCAACCACCUCGUACAGACAACCCGGAGAAACCAGCAACCUACCGUUCAAUUCCAUAUGUUCAUGGUCUCAGCUCUAGCAUCAAGAGAAUACUCCACAAGAGCAACACAGCAAUAGGGAUCUCUCACAGUUACAGAAACACAGUAGGACAUCUGUAUAAAAAUGCAAAAGAUCCGGUAUCCGAUCUCAACAAAUGUAACGUCGUAUACCGGAUCGACUGUAAAGACUGCCCAAGUACAUACAUUGGAAUGACAACGAACAAGCUGAGGAACCGAAUGUACGGACAUCAAACACACGUAAACACACUAGAGCGAAGAUUAUCGGAAGGCCACCAAUACACGGAUCCAGAAAUACUGCAGCUCCAGGAAAAAUCUGCGCUAAUCCAGCACUGCAUUGAGCAACAACACCGAUUCAAUAUCAGCAACCCCUCCAUCGUCGAUACAACACAUAAGAAACAGGCUCUGCAAGUGUUGGAGAUGUGUCACAUCACGACCACCUCCAACACGGUCAACCAUCGGACUGAUACCGACAACUUAAGCUGUGCGUACGCACACCUCCUCGCUCAAAUCAAAAACCAAAGAGCAGAGAGGAGUGCGUCGUCAACAAUCCAAAAUAACCGACGAGAAACAGCUGAUCCAACACCCUAACCUACACUAACAAACCCUACCACCCAAAUAACACCAGAAGAUACACACCCCACAGUUAAACCCGAACGGCGAUUGAUAACAGCCGCAUUCUUGUGUUCCGCUGAUUUCUAGUUUUCGAAUUUCUCCCGAUUCGUACCACCCACCCAACAUCCUACUGGGGUGCUGGUGAUGAACGGAAAAGGUGCAGUGUUUUAUGGAAUAAAAACCAGACAAACGAUCGUGUGCAAAGUACGAUCUUUACAAGUUGAUUAAGAUCGAGUGAGUAGAGGACAAAACUAACAAUUCUAAACACAACUAACAGAUAUGCUUCAAUAAAUACAGGCCCUGAGGAAGAUCCAACCCAAGGAUCGAAACGUUGGCAAUGAUAUAAAAUUAUCAACGCUUUUUCCCGUGACUGAAAGCCGAAAAAACUCCGUA